AUGGACCCUGACUCCGAGUAUUUGACCGCCUUUCGCACCCGUUUCGGAACUUUCCGCUGGAAAGUCCUCCCGUUCGGUCUGAAGGUAGGUCCCGCCUGGUUCCAGCAGUUUAUCAACGCGCAGCUUCACGAUCUCCUCGACCGAUUUAACGUGACCAAGGUUGACUACCUCGGCGUUCUGCUUGAAGCCGGUGUGGGCCUUAGUGUCGACCCUCGGAAAGUUCGAUCGAUACAAGACUGGAAGUUUGAGGACCUCCGAGACCGCACCGCGAUCCGAUCAUUCGUUGGCCUAUGCAACUUCAUCCGUGUUUUCUGCUACCACGCCUCUGGAGUGGCAGAACCCUUGAACCGGUUGCUUAAGAAGGAUGUUGCCUUUGUGAUGGGCCCGGAGCAACGCGAAGCAUUUGAUCAACUCAAGCGCCUGGCUAUCGAAGCCCCGGUCCUCGCCUUCUUUAGACCAGAACUGCCGACCCGACUGGAGACCGAUGCCUCCCGGAAUGCCACAGCUGGUGUUCUAUGGCAGGAACAGCCUGAUCAGACCUGGAAGCCCGUUGGAUUCUUCUCUAAGACCAUGACCCCGGCCGAGCGAGCCUACCCAAUCCAAGAUCGAGAGCUCCUCGCCGUCGUACAGAGUCUAGAGCACUUCUACCCAGAGCUCUUAGGCCAGAAGUUCGAUGUGAUCACCGACCACGAAGCCUUAGUCCAUUUCUCUACGAAGCGCCUGCUCUCGGUACGACAGAUCAGAUGGUCCGACUUUCUCGCCCAGUUCGACAUCCGUUUCCUCUACCGCCCCGGUCGACUGAACGUAGUCGCCGAUGCCCUCUCCAGGAAGACAGCCGAGCUUCCUACCGUAAAGGCCCGGGAAGCCGAGGAACGCACGGUGACCCUGAUCCCUCCGGAAAGGCUAGGCUUCGCGACCGACUCUCUAGACCCUACGGCCGCCGGCCACCUGCCCCUCAGAACUUUACAGACGCCCGAUCAAGACCGCCCAGAACUAGACCCGAACUCGGUCCCGAAGGGAGCCGAACUCGUUUCGUUGAUCCGCCAAGAGAACCUCCUCCAAGACCUCGGCACCCAUGGAACACACCUGAUCGUACCAGCCCAGACCUCAGACAAGCAGACGUUUCUUCAGACCGCGCUCAUUCGCGAAGCCCACGAGCCCCAGAUCUUCGCUCACGCCGGACAGAACAAGGUGAUCAAGCUGCUCCAACGAGACUUCUACUGGCCAAGGAUGAAGGAGGAUAUCCGUCGUUAUAUUCGGAACUGCCACGACUGCCGCCGCAACAAAACCCCUCGAGACAAGACCCCUGGACUGCUCCAUCCACUGCCCGUGCCGACUUCUGUUUGGGAGCACGUCGAAUGUGACGGGAAGGAUAUGCCGAAAGACCGUUACGGAUAUGACUAUGUUUGGACCUUCAAGUCACAAAUCAAUACCUGGAUCAAAGCUACGAUUCUACGUGACGAAGCAUCAAGACAACUGGAGUUCCUGCUGCCCGCCCUCGACUUCGCCCAUAACUCGUCUUGGCACUCUUCCAUCGACAUGGCACCGUUAAAAGUAGCCCUAGGCCGAGAUAUCCGGAACCCCCUGUCACUGCCCCCGACUAACAAGACCGCUGCCACCGGACCCGCCGCCAGAGCUAGGAACUUGUGCAGACCGCCCAGGAAACCCAGGAAGACGCCAGGAAUGCUGCCAUCGCCGCUCAAGAACGUCAGAAGGAACAGGCUAAUAGGAAACGACGACCAACCGACUUUGCCAUCGGUGACCGAGUUUUCUCAGCAGGAAAGGCUUCGCCACGAACGCUCCGACUACUCGGCUAGAUAA